GGCUCCAGGCUCUGAGCUGUCAGCGCACACCCCGACGCGGGGCUUGGACUCGCGAGCCGUGAGAUCAUGACCUGAGCCAAAGUCAGACGCUUAACCGACUGAGGUAUCCAGGCACCCCUUUAUCCCUUUAGGCAGCUGACAAAACAAUAAAUCGAGGCUUAAUUGAUUUCCAUGGUGUAAAUAACUCCCAACAUGGCUGGUUUCAAGAUAGUGACCAACAUGAAAUGACCAACACACCCCGAGAAGAUAGGACGAGGUAGUGCAGCAUCACACAGUGUUUCUACCCUGUAGAUACAAUCGACGUAAAUAACCUCAAGGGUAUAGAGAGUAGUAAAAUAUAGUAAAACAAUUAAGAAGUGGUGAGUUUGGGUCAUUACCUUUGCUUUUGUAUAAUUUGUUGAAGUGUAAGUUUCCGUAGUUAAAUUUUUACUAUUGGCUAUGUUUAACAAUGGCUCGUAAAAUGCCUGAAAAUCCGAAUCGUUUUCACGGGUCUCUUUUGUGCUGGCUCCAGCAUGCCACUGUGCUGCACUUCCUCAUCUGCCCACUGUUCCCAAAGAAAUAAGCCUCUUUGCCUUGUUAACAGCCCGGUAUUUCCAAAAAGUUCUCAUUUUCUCCCAUGAAAUGAGGUAGGGAAGAUUGGCGUGAAUUACUUGUCUUCGUCCAGAGCUCCUCUGGCCCGGGGAGAGCCUGACUUCAGGGAAUUCAUACAGAUAAAGUUUUUGUGAGGGGCUUCACCAUCUGGGGAGAGGAUUGAAGGCUGUGGGUUUCUGGAGAAACUGCCUUGCUGUUCCGGCCAGCUCACCACUCUCUUGCCAUAACCGUAGUGCAUUUUCCUCAUGUAUGCAGAGAAACUGAGUGAAAAAUGGAAUAGACUACUAUUACUGCUAGUUUGUAGUGCGUAGGAAAGGGGAGAAAAAAGCUCUGCUUAUCCCCAAUCCUCCCUUGCGUCUUCUUUUUUUCCUUUCCUGUUGUUACCCAUCACAUUCCUUGAUGUCAUGCCUGCCAUUGUGAGCCGACAGGCCCUCCCUGGCCUGGUGGACAGCUUGUAAGUCAGGAGGGGAGGGGGAGCUGUGGAGGUUGGGGGGAGCAGUGGUCACACCAACACCUUGGAAUUGGGCUGGGUCUGAGUGGAGCCCCAGAGAUGUUCUCCAGCCCAUUCUUCCCAAGAACCAAUGAGUAAAAUUAGGGGCCUCCCACCUGAGGUCAGGGAACCAGGCCCUGGAGUGGAUCUGGGGGUGGAAGACGGCCUUCUUUGUCAACUGAUUCAUUCUCCAGAAUUCAACUUGUUCUCCGACUCGGUGGUAUUUGAAAGCAACUUUAUCCAGGUCACUAAGCCCGGGAGCUGGAUGGAUGUCUAUGAAGGUUCUACCACUGUGAUCCUCGGGGUGACCUCCUCAGUGCCCUCCUUGCCACUCCCCAACAUCCUCCUGAUGGCCAAUGUCACCUGGCCCCAGGGUCAGUUUUCCACCUGGAGCUCACCUGAUUGUGCUCCAGUGGUCACCCUCAGCAGGAUUCUUCCCCUGAAGUUUGUGGAGCUACAAAUCUGUGACCGGCUCCAACGCAUCCUGAGGGUUAGGACAGUGACUGAAAAGAUCUACUACCUGAGGCUCCACGAACACCACCCAGAGGCCGUAUUUCAAUUCUGGAUCCGCUUGGUGAAAAUUCUGCAGAAAGGUCUGUCCAUCACCACCAAAGACCCAAGAAUCCAAUUCACGCACUGCCUGGUGCCCAAAAUGUCCAACAGCUCCACCGAAAUAACGCCUGAAAGCAGCCUCCUGCCAUCCGCCCAGCCCAGCGAAAGCUUCAUGCUGUUGACAGCCGAGCAGACCAGUGACAGUUUCUCGAAUAUCACAGGGAGGCCCCAGCUCACAGCGGACAGUAACACCAAUGUCGCCAUCAAAAUAGACAAUUUGGACAGCUCUAAGACCCCCUUGCGGGUGGCAUCUCCAGUCAGUUUGAAAAUACCCAUGAGAGCUGCCUUGAGCCACAGCCUCUGGGAACAAGAGAAUCCAGAUGAGCACUUCCUGCAGGCUCCUGUUGCCAGUUCCCUAGGAGAGAACUUUUUUGGACCCUGACACCUGUCCAGAACGGGGCGAUCUUCCCUAGCUUCAUUCAGUGCGCUUGCUACAAUCUCCUAUCAAUGCUGUUUUCCCACUGUGGGCCAAAAGACCGUGGGAGAGGUAUGAGGGUGCUUAUAACACAGUGCUUUGUACUUCCACCAAUAAACCUCCAAGUGAGUUCCUA